AUGUAACUGACUGGGUACUAAAAAGAAAACAAGAAUGGAAUAGUCACAUUAGCAGAAUGAUAAGCGAAAGACUUGUAGGUAUCGAAAGGGAUAAAUCAGAUAGAAAAAGUAUUAGUCGACCGAGAAAGAUAUGGUGUGACAAUCUGGAUCCAGGAGGCUGAAGCUGAAGAGGAGGUUUUAAACCUACCAUUCCACAAGGAAGAAGAAUAAGAAGAAUAAUUCACAACAUGAUGAAUCUGAAAGCGAGUUCAUUGUAAUUCCAGGAGGAACAGAAACAGAUGUGUUUGCUGCUGGUAAUACCCAGAAAGAAUCGACAAAAAUGAAGAAAACACAAAAUCUACUAAUUCACUUAAUACAAAUCAACCAAAGACAACAAAUGUAAUUCGUGCUCCUCAAAAUCGCAAAUGGAAUUUAGCAGAAAAUGAAAAUAUUUCAAUUAUAAGCGCAGUAAUUCACAAACUUGAUAAAGUAGUGCAAAAAAAUACAAGUAAUGUUGAUGAUGAAUUUGACAUAUUUGCCAAACAUAUCGUUAUCUAGCUAAGACAGAUUCCUUUUUAUGAUGCUAUCAUCUGCCAGGAAAAAAUGCAAACAACAGUACGACAAAAACGAUUGCAGCUUUUAUUAGUGAAUCAGUCCGUGUCUCGCCCAACUCCAUCACCAGCGUUUUCACCUUCUGAGUAUCAUUCAUCGCCGUCGCCAUGGUCACCAAAUUCGUCUUCAUAUUAAUGCGAUGGACAACAAUGCGUAGAUGAUUGUCAGAAGUCAUCUGAUAUACUUACUACAGCUCUAACAGUAGACUACUUUUGAACCAUUAAUGAUCCGCCAGUGAUACUGAGAAGUGAUAUAAAUGGAUAGAGUGAUAUAUAUAAAUAAGACUGAAGAUCACCUGUAGGGAAUAUCCAGUAAUGUCUCGAAUACCGAGUUGUAUCCUGAUGUGUCUCUUAUUGCAAAUCGAAGGACAUAUUCUGGACAAUAGGGUUAUUUUGAAAGUAAGGCAGAGUAUUGAAAAAACUUUGGAUUAUAUUGACAUACAGCACAAACGAGUGAAUGAAGACUGUUUAUUUGGAGUAGUUCUCUGUACAGCAAUUGCCAUGGACACAUAUAAAAAUGGGACUCAUGUAAUGGAUACUAGUACUACGAGUAUCAUCAAAAAGUCAAUGGAGCUUCUAAACAAAUCUGUUCCGUAUCUGAGACCCGAAAGAAAAUGGGUUAAGGAAGCAAUCCUAGACUGGAAACUAUGGAGAAAAGAAAUUCAAUACAAAUACGGUGAGAUGGCCAAUGUUAAAAUUUUUGAUGUAUUGAACAAAAUCCGUACAUACCAAAACGACAACAUAUAUUUAUCUAACAUGGAUUAUUGUUUUAAAGAUAUUGCCAAUAUUACUUGGAACAGUUCGCCGAAAAAGUGUUUCGUUGAUAAAAAAUGCUGGAAAAUUUACUAUCAAGAUGAUGAUACCGCAUCAGGAUAUUUAUUAACACAUAAAUUACUACUGCUGCAGCUAGCAAGGGCAAGAAAAUGUAAUAUUAAUAAAGAAGCUUACUACAACAAAACAAAAGAACUUUGUUCCCAAAUCUAUUCAGAGGUCCUUUCGGGGGAUUAUUUUGAUGUACUGGAUGAUAUGUUCGAUCUUUUUUUCGAGGAAACAAUUCUCUGCGGGUACGAGGGUUUCACGGAGUUUUUCUCGACGAAAUGGUUAUUCUAUAUUCUAAAGUCCCAAAGAUCUUCAGGAUGUUUUCCACCCAUAUUAACAGACAAGUUAAAGUCAAAAAUUAAAAGAUCAACAACAAUAUUCGAAGACAAUUGCGCAGAUCAUACCACUGGUAUAGGACUUGCAGUAUUAACUCUGUAUUACAAUUUCAUCAUUAAAGAAAUAUUUGUGUAAAUGUAUUCAGAAAUAUAUAACUAUACUAAGGAA